UCAGGAUGAUCAGUAUAAUGUUAUAGGUUAGAAUUUUGCAUGGAAUUGUAGCAACAAUGUGUCAGUGAUAAGGUCUAAAAUAGCUUUUCCCAUCAAUGUAUGUUCGUAAUCUAUGUGGUGUACUGUAAAUGGACUAUACAAAGAAGUUGCCCACAGUUUAGUCAAUGUCAAAUGGUUCACCCAGUGACUGUGUUCAAAUAAAUAGUAUUGGAUUAACAAAAAUGCUUGUCAACUUCGCCCAAAUAAGUAGAAGCUGCGCUCGAACUCUUCUGCUAGUAUUGAACGGAUGUUGCAUUCUUUUGGCUCUAUGCACCCUGAUUUUCGCGGUAGUGGACACGAAGAUCGUGAAGCAGUAUGGAGAGGAACGUGCGAGUGGAACCUUCGUCGGAGACGUCAUCAUCAGCGUGGCCUGCUUAUUAUUGAUAUCCGUGUCGGCCUUGGGAUCGAUCGGCGCUGUCAGAGGGAACAUCAAAAUCCUUUACAUCUACAUCGGAUUGCUGAUGAUUCUUGUGAUGGUGGAAAUGCUGAUCGCUAUUUACGUGUCCGUCGAGAGGUACAAUCUCGAGUUCAGGGUAUCAGAUUGGCUCAGAGAAGACUUCUUUCGUAACAGCACAGAUGAAGAUGUCAUCCACCUUAAGCUCUGGGAUGAUUUGCAAAUGACAUAUGAAUGCUGUGGUCUAAAUGGGCCAGAAGAUUACGCUGCUAUACAAUACCAUAUCAGACUUUCAUGCUGUCCACGAGCUUAUCGUGCCAGGACGUCUUACGCACAGCAGCAAUUGUAUCGAACAUGUAUCGAAACAGCUACUUAUUACACGGAGGGCUGUGAGGACGAAAUCCGAAACAUCUUACGAUCAGACGCUGACUGGCUCGUCGGCGUCGCGGUUACGUGUUUCUGGUUUGAGGCCGCGGGAAUGCUUCUGGCCAUGUGGGUCGCCAACAACGCCAGGGACGCCGUGCAAGUCUUCAAGGGCGCUCCUAGAUUUUAGUUUAGUUUGCCUUGUUUCAUUUUAUUUUUAAAUAGGAACAAUAAAUUAUACAGUCAUCAAUACAAUGAAA